AUGGAUGAUUUGAUGGGAAACUUGCAGACUUACGAGCUGAACAGGCAUUUGGGUUUAUCGGUGAAGGAGGCAAAAUGGGACAAAUCUAUUGCAUUGAAAAUGGCUCAGAGAGAUGGAUCUGAGGAUGAGGACGAUAUGGUCUAUCAGACUAGGAGGUUCCAGAAGAUCAUAAAAAAACAUGAAGGAUUCCAGAAGAAAGGAACAACCAGCAGAAUGGCUACUGCAAAUGAUCUGUGUCACAAAUGUGGAAAUCCCAGCCACUUCAUGAGAGACUACCAGAGCCAAAAGCAAGAUGCUCAAGAGUUCAAACUACGGUGA